GGAGGAGGAGGAGGAGCUGGAGGAGGAGGGAGGAGGAAGGAGGCUGCGCUCUGAUCCUCGCGCGCUGCACGGGGACACACGGGACAUCAUUUUCUGGACACUCUCCAUGGAGACGGGUCGCUCUCUCCCCGCGCGGUCUCCUCCGCACAGACGAGGAUUGUGACGGAGGACGGGUGUGUGUCUUGGCAUCGCCCCCCUCCACCCUCCACCCUCCCUCCACCCACUCACCAGCCAGGUGUUGCAUUCAGGCGCGAGCCCCUCGUGCGGCUGGAGAGGCGCGAGAAGGAGGGCUGAGCUCGAGCACUCGGCACUGAUCCGGUCUGCGGAGCCUCUUGACAACAAGUUGACGAUCGUGCGCGUCCUCUGGUUCCGGAGCUCUGCGGGUCUCACACACGGAUUGUACUGACGGAUUCUUUGUUUCCUGACCUCACUGGAUCUCCGGAUCACCGAAUCACUGGAUUUGUCUUUUUUUUUUUUUUUUUUUGGCACGUUUAUUUUUUUCUUCGAACGAAACAGAAAACAGGUUUUUUGUUUCUUCUCUCUCCUGCAGCGCGCGUGAAUAAGAGGGAAAAUGGCAAAGUGAGCGGAACCAGCGGUGCCAACGACGCAUGAGCCAUUUGUUGGGUUCCGUCCUCAGAUCUCCUCCACAGCUGCUGUCUUACACCGUCUGUCUGCUGGGUUUUCCCCCGACCCCGGCUCUCCGUGACGCCGCGGCACCCUGAUGGUGCGGACGGUCGGCGCACGGUGGCUGGAACACGCCGCCCGGUGCUCGGUGACGAUGGUGAUGAUGAAGACGAAGGCGCGCGGUUAAUCCAGAAGAUGCUUUUCCACCCGAGUCGGAUUUAUGUGCUGUUUCUUCAGUGGGAUCGUUCGCGUGACGAUGACCUCCAACCGCGCUUUACCCCGUGCCGUGCUCGCCGCGCCCCCGGUUCGAUGCGCACGAGAGGACGUCGUCUCCCCAAAAUCGCUGAGCUAACUCACAACCGGGCAGACAGCGACCACUAACCGAACCGAUCGAUAGGAGGAGAGAACAGUAGCGACCGCAGCAGCAGCGGCAACAAGCGGCAGCAAGUGAUGGAGCUGUCCGAGGUCCGGUGCUCCAGCGCGAGCGAGGAGCUGUACACCAUCAACAAGACGCCGAGCAGCAACAACAGCAACAGCAGCGGCAGCGGCAGCGGCAGCGCGCGACCCAAGCGGCUGCUGUGGCAGAACGCGGUGCGGCACAUCACCGAGCAGCGGUUCAUCCACGAGCAGGGCGGGGGAGGCGGAGGAGGGGUGAAGGGCAUCGGGCCGGACGAGCCCUACGACCCGAGCCAGGGCGCGCGGAAGCAGUCGGCGGGGCGGACGUCGGUGGGAGACCGGCACAACAACGGCGGGACCAAAGUGUUCCCGGAGCGCGCCAGCAGCGACCUGGGCUUCCUGCAGAUCGACUGCGCGCCCAGCAACUCCGACUUCUUCCUGAACUGGGGCUACACGUACCGGGGCGUCAUCUUCCCCACGCUGCGCAACGCCUUCAAGUCCCGCGACCUCGAGCGGCUCUACCAGCGGUACUUUCUGGGCCAGAGGCGCAAGUCGGUGGUGGUGAUGAACAUCCUGGACGUGGUGACCAAGCUCACCCUGCUGGUGCUGCACCUCACCCUGGCCUCCUCCCCGAUGGACCCGAUCAAAGGGACGCUGCUGGGCUUCUUCACGGGCAUCGAGGUCGUCAUUUGUGCCUUAGUGGUGGUGCGGAAGGACACCACGUCGCACAGCUACCUGCAGUACAGCGGCGUGGUCACCUGGGUGGCCAUGGCCACGCAGAUCCUGGCGGCCGGGCUGGGCUACGGGCUGCUGGGGGACGGGGUGGGAUACGUGCUCUUCACCCUGUUCGCCACCUACAGCAUGCUGCCGCUGCCGCUCACCUGGGCCAUCCUGGCCGGCCUGUUCACCUCGGGGCUCCACAUCCUGGUCCAGCUGCUCAUCUCCCAGAAUGCACAGCUCUCUACCAACCAGGUAGCAGCUCAGGCUGUGUUGUUCAUGUGUAUGAACACCGCGGGGAUCUUCAUCAGUUACCUGUCCGACCGGGCUCAGCGCCAGGCCUUUCUGGAGACGCGGCGCUGCAUCGAGGCUCGGCUGCGGCUCGAGACGGAAAACCAGAGACAGGAGCGACUGGUGUUAUCAGUCCUGCCACGUUUUGUAGUUUUGGAAAUGAUCAACGACAUGACAAAUGUAGAGGACGAACACCUCCAGCAUCAGUUUCACAGAAUCUACAUCCACCGCUACGAGAAUGUCAGCAUUCUUUUCGCAGAUGUUAAAGGCUUCACCAACCUCUCCACGACGCUGUCGGCGCAGGAGCUGGUGCGAAUGUUGAAUGAACUCUUUGCACGCUUCGACCGCCUCGCACACGAGCACCACUGUCUACGAAUAAAGAUCCUGGGAGACUGUUACUACUGCGUGUCGGGUCUACCUGAGCCCAGACAGGACCACGCCCACUGCUGCGUGGAGAUGGGCCUCAGCAUGAUCAAAACCAUCAGAUACGUGCGAUCACGUACGAAACACGACAUCGACAUGCGUAUCGGGAUUCACUCAGGCUCUGUGCUGUGCGGCGUGUUGGGACUCAGGAAGUGGCAGUUUGACGUCUGGUCCUGGGACGUGGACAUCGCCAACAAGCUGGAGUCUGGAGGGAUCCCAGGGAGGAUCCACAUCUCCAAGGCGGCUCUGGACUGUUUGAACGGGGACUACGAGGUGGAGGAGGGCCACGGGAAGGACCGCAACGACUUCCUCCGCCGCCACAACAUCGAGACGUACCUGAUCAAGCAGCCGGAGGAGAGUCUGCUCACCCUGCCGGAGGACAUCAUGAAGGAGGCGGCCAGCUCGGCCGACCGGCGGGCCAGCAGCACCACCUUCAACGAGGCGUCCUGGAGCCCCGAGCUGCCGUUCGACAACAUCGUGGGGAAGCAGAACUACUCCCAGAUGAGGGACGAGGUGUUCAAGUCCAACCUGGUGUGCGCCUUCAUCGUGCUCAUCUUCAUCACCACCAUCCAAAGCCUGCUUCCCUCCGCCAGGAUGGUUACCAUGGUGAUCCAGUUCUCCGUCCUCAUCGUCCUCCAUUCCUGUCUGGUCCUGGUGACAACGGCGGAGGACUACAAGUGUCUGCCUCUGGUCCUGCGCAAAGCCUGCUGCUGGAUCAACGAGACGUACGCGGCGCGCAACGUCAUCGUCUUCGUCUCGAUCCUCAUCAACUUCCUGGCGGCCAUGAUCAACAUACUGUGGUGUGACUUCGACAAGUCCACCACCUUCAGGAACCAGACGUACAACGAGUCGGCCUCCAUCCCAGACAUCUGCUUCUACCCAGAGUAUUUUGUGUUCACGGGCGUCCUGGCGAUGGUGACGUGCGCCGUGUUCCUGCGGCUGAACUCGGUGUUGAAGCUGGCGGUGCUGCUGGUGAUGAUCGCCAUCUACUCGCUGCUGACCGAAGCUUUCUACACCUCGCUGUUCGUUCGCUACGACACCGUGCACCACAACACAGAAAACUUCCUGGGGACCAAAGAGACGUCUCUGCUCCUGAUGGCCAUGUUCCUCCUCGCUGUGUUUUAUCACGGCCAGCAGCUGGAGUACACGGCCCGGCUCGACUUCCUGUGGCGCGUCCAGGCCAAAGAGGAGAUCAACGAGAUGAAGGAGCUGCGAGAGCACAACGAGAACAUGCUGAGGAACAUCCUGCCCAGCCACGUGGCCCGACACUUCCUGGAGAAGGACCGGGACAACGAGGAGCUGUACUCGCAGUCCUACGACGCCGUGGGCGUGAUGUUCGCAUCCAUCCCGGGCUUCGCCGACUUCUACUCCCAGACCGAGAUGAACAACCAGGGAGUGGAGUGCCUGAGGCUGCUCAACGAAAUUAUCGCUGACUUUGACGAGCUGCUCGGUGAGGAUCGCUUCCAGGACAUCGAGAAGAUCAAGACGAUCGGCAGCACCUACAUGGCCGUCUCCGGUCUGUCGCCGGAGAAACAGCAAUGUGAAGAUAAAUGGGGUCACCUGUGUGCGUUGGCCGACUUCGCCAUCGCCCUCAACGAGAGCAUCCAGGAGAUCAACAAGCACUCGUUCAACAACUUUGAGCUGAGGAUCGGUAUGGCCCACGGCUCGGUGGUGGCGGGGGUGAUCGGCGCCAAGAAGCCUCAGUACGACAUCUGGGGGAAGACGGUGAACCUGGCCAGCCGGAUGGACAGCACGGGCGUCAGCGGCAAGAUCCAGGUCCCCGAGGACACCUACCUGAUCCUGAAGGAGCGCGGCUUUGCCUUCGAGUACCGCGGGGAGAUCUACGUGAAGGGCAUCAGCGAGCAGGAGGGCAAGAUCCGGACGCACUUCUUGCUGGGCCGCGUGCAGCCCAACCCGCUCAUCAUGCAGCCGCGCAAAAUCACCGGCCAGUACUCGCUGGCGGCAGUGGUGCUCGGCCUGGUGCAGUCGCUCAACAGGCAGAAGCAAAAGCAGAUCCUCAACGAGAACAACAACUCGGGCAUCAUGAAGGGCCACCACCACUACAACCGGAGGACGUUGUUAGCACCCGGGGGCUCCGAGGUGGGAGGGGGGCAUCACACGGAGGUGGCUGAUAAGACUGAACUGUCCUGAAGAGCAGACCGGAGCUUCAGUUCCACACAGAUCCGUCAGAGGCGGAGCUGCUCUGCAGGCUGAAACGAUCCCAGUGGUUGAGUUACAGUUCAGUGGGAGCAGCCGAGGAGCACCGAGUGACAUCCAGCAGAGACGGAGGGCAGGUGGAGGCUUCAAGACGCCCUCGACUCUGAUUUAUGUAUUUUACUUUUAGGUUGUGAUUACUGAAGGCUGCUGGGAGAACAACAGACCAAUCAGAGCUUUGCAGGCAGGACAGAUGACAGGGACGCCAUGUUUCUGCAGCGGAGCCUCGAAACAUUUGACGAGUGUCGGCUGAAUUAAAUCCAUCAUUAGGUUUCAACAAACAGGUUUAACCUUCUGACCUUCAGUUGUUUAUCGCUGCAGGUCCAUGAAGAAACAGCCAGAACUCUCAGAUCUCAUCAGCUCGGGUCCAUUUCAUGGAAGCAUUUUCUGAGAAACACAUUGUGAAAAAUUAGGAAGAAGUGAGAAGUCUCAGUCUGCCAGGAUCACUAUUUAUAUAUCGUCCCAGAAAUUAAUCUGAACUAUAUUAUUGUGUAGUCUCGUAGGUCAGGCAGUAGCACUGGUGCCUCAGAGAAGGAGGUGCUGGGUUCGAGACCCGGCUGGGGUCUGCGUGGUCUCCUCCUACAGUCCAGUGAUGCAUGUGAGGUUAAUCAGUGACUCUAAAUUGCCCGUAAGUGAAUGUCAGGUGAAUUUGUCCCUAUGUGUCAGCCCUGUGAUGAGCCGCCGACCUGUUGCUGAUGUACAGGUGGCAGUAAGAGACGCAGCCAGUCAGCAUCUCUGGACGCAGAGAAGGUUUCAGACACGGCCGAGCUGAGGGAGGAGAUACAACAAGUUUGUUCGUGUUUUGGUGAGAAACACUGAAUGUACAGAAACUUGAAACUUUGUUGUUCGUUUACAAGAAAACUCCCCGAGGCAGCUUCACGCCUCCGGCCGGCGACGGGUCUGAACGUGAACUGCAGUCGGACGCUGAAGUCACGUUCUUCAGAAGUGUCUCUGGCUCCUCCCACUCCGGUCUAACUCAACCAAUGAGAUCACGUCUGCCUCCUGAAACAGCUCAGCUUCUGAUGAGUGUUUGUAGAACUGGAACUCCACUUGUUCCUGAUGAGGAGGAGGUGGAGGAGGAGGUGUUGGGGAAGGGAGGGAGGGACCGGACCGGACCGGACCGGACCGGACCGCUGCGUCCUGUUUCCGUCCGCCCUCAUCUGUUCGCUGUCUGUUCGACCGAUCCCCUCGGACUGUCUGACGUUCCUCCUGUCGUUUCCACUUCCCCUUUUUAUGUCGCCCGCCCGGCCACCGACCCGCCCCAAACCCAGAACCCCCGUCCCGCUCUGACCCUCGCCCGGUGUCGAUGUUUCUUUUUUGUAUUUCUUUUAUAUAUGAGAACACAAUAAAGGGGUCUAAUUUUUUAUACAAGCCAUGUGUCUUUGUC